GUGAAGCCUAAACAUUUAUUUAAUAAAAUGACAAACUUUAAAGUAUUAUGUUCUAAAUACAAACAUUAAUUAGAUUCCAAACGAAAUGAACGUUUUACAAGUAUUGAAUUGAACCCUGGCUGGUAGCGUUGAGAAACAAUCACAGAGGAUCUAUGCUUAUUGAUUACCCGUUUCUACCAACACGACCUCAUUCGAGCACCUGAUUUGUGACAUAAACAAUUCCUCCGUAAUACUUUUAUUUAUUUCGCUCAGCCAUUACCAAACUGCGGAUGACGAUUGUUUGCAAAUUUUCCGCAUCAUUAUAAUGGUUACAUUUCCGAGACCACACUCCAUGGAUCAUAUGGCCAGUUCGACUCGAGACAACCUAUCGCGUGCGCAUGUCUAACAAUCGUUUAAACAGUGUCAAUUAAAAAAAAAAAAACCCUUUAUAAGUUUAAAAAGAAACGUAUUAAAAACUCUUUGAAGAUAAUCUGUCGAAAAUGGCGGGAGUGCUUUUCAUAGUGAACGUACCUCAGAUGGAAUACGAAAAAGAAUUAAAGUCAAAUGAGAAGUCUUCGAAAAUUGUGAUGGAAAAAGAGAAGUACGAAAAAGCUUCUAAGGUGAUACACGAAAUGAAGAAGAGCAAACGCUUCGGCAGCAUAGCGAAGUCGUCCAUAGAGUCGUAUGCUACAGACGACGACAGCAGCAUAGUCAUAUCGAAAUGCCGUUCCACAGACUGCUUGAACAAGAAUGAAAACGAAGGUUUAUAUAAGUCCAAAAGUGAGAACACGCUUAAUGAUAUAUCACCUCAAUCUUUUCAAUCCUCCUGGGAUGAAGUGAAACAAGUUAUAAAGGCUAAAAAGAAUAAAUUGAACAUAACCAGGCCUACGCGCGGGGUCGACAUCCUGGGGGCGUUUCAUUUUGACACACCGCUUGAAACUAUAUUAUCAGAAAUAUUAACGCGCCUCGAAAUAAACAGUGCAUCGUGGACAGCAACGAAAGGAAACAAGUUUUGGAAGGUUACAUUCAGCUUAAAGUCGGGAAAUCUCUGUGAAGAACUACUCCAGGUUUUGAAAACGUUCGGGAUCGGUAGCCGAUGCCAGUCAUCCAUGAGCGUGCUGCCUUGCACCCUCUACUAUAAAGCUGGAAUUUGCGAGGAAGAGACGGAAACCAAAGAAGAUUUAUGGCAAAGUGAGAACUCAAUGUGGUCUCGCCUAUCUUCGUCCAUCCGCGCGAGAAACCACCUGCCUCAGAUCUUGUACGCGGUCCGCGCGGAGGCGUCACUCACCUUUGACUGGCUGUUCCUGCUGGUCGUCGCUGCCUUCGUCUCCGCCCUAGGCCUGGUGGAGAACUCCACCGUCAUCCUGGUCGCUAGCAUGCUCAUAUCUCCUCUUAUGGGUCCUAUAACUGCCGGUACACUAGGCACCGCCGUCCGGGACCGUUCUCUACAGCGAAUGGGCGUGAUGCAUGAGAUGCUGGGGCUGUUCCUCUCGCUCGUCAUCGGCUUCAUCUUUGGCCUGAUCAUCUGCGCCGUCGAUGAACGCUACGGUGUCGGAGACUGGCCGACCUAUGAGAUGGUUUCCAGAUGUGAGAUCCGUUCUCUGUGGGUGGGUGUGCUGGUGGCCAUACCGAGCGGGGCGGCGGUCGCUCUCGCGGUCCUCAGCGAGUACACAGCUUCGUUGGUCGGCGUCGCGAUAUCAGCCUCUCUGCUUCCACCUGCAGUCAACGCCGGUCUUCUUUGGUCGAUGUCAUUGGUCCACGUCAUAUACGCCAGCGAUGAGACCAGGUGGAAUGGAGUGGUCACCACUUCGUAUUACAGCGAGAAUCCAGCCACGGAAUUGGCACUUUUGGGAACAGUGUCUCUCUGCCUCACUCUCGUCAACAUUCUGUGCAUUUUCUUAGCUGGUGUUGCAGUUUAUAAGGUGAAAGAAGUAUGUCCUUUGGACAAACGCGACAUACCAUGGUGGCGCGCCAAUAGAGACCUCCUUGAAGCACCCAAACGUAACGACGACGGUUCUGCAACUUGGGAUAUUUACAGUAAAUGGUGCAAUGACCUUGAAACACCCAAAAAACAAACAGAGAAUAAUUACCAGAUACAGAGCGACACUGUGACGUAUAGAAGGCAUAAUAUAAUGCAGCGGCCCAAAGCUCUCAAUAUCGAAGACUACUGCUUGCAAAAGUCUCAGAACAAUGAAAGCUAUUCGCCUACAGACGCGGAUUUAAAGUCUGUCAAGGAUAAUGAAAAGAAACCCUCUGAAAUUAAGGACGGCGUAGAAGCUCCCAGCAUUAUAUCAAACGCUGAUUCUAUAGAAAACAAUCCGACUGUGUACACCGAACGCGUUAGAAACAGCUUCAAUUAUUAUAACUUCGGAUUUGAAGACAGAGAUGAAAGGAAUCCCAACAAUGACUCAUAUUACCCAACAAUACAGCCCUCUUUGAAUCUUACCAUCGAUGCGAAAACACAUGGCAUAGUUUUAGGUACGAAAUCGUUCCACGUUUAAGAAGACUUCAGUAUUUAUUUAAUUUUAAUAGGUUUUUUGUUAUGACUUUGUACCUAUUGUAGAAAAAUAUAGUUCUAAAAUAAUUUGAUCUGUUUUGCUUUCACUUAAUACCUAAAAUACUUUGUAAGUGAAAUAUAUAUUUUUAAUAACAUGAAAACUACUUUAUGCGAUGCGAUCAAACAGUCGUAUAUAACGGCCUUCAUAACAAUGGUAUCGAAUAUAUUAACAAAUGCUUAUAUUAAACGAAUAACUUUUCAUUUGAAGUUUCCAACUCAGAUACAAUAUGUUAUCCUAACAAUGAGCCAACCACUCACUUCUCUCGUUGAUGUUAUGUAGAAAUCUAAGUCAUGAGAAUCUGUAAUUUACCUUUAUUAUUUAUAAUGUUUUACAAUAACCAUAGUACCUAAUUAAUAUUAUAUGUCUGGCAAAGUAUGAAAAAUAGCGUCAACGUAAUAAUGAACAAGCUAAUUAUUACUAAAUACAAUAGUCAUUGAAUAGUCUUCAUUGCUAGCAUUGACUUUGGUCUUAACACGAGUAUUACAUAAGGGGAGAUGCCGUCGGGGGUAAUUUUCAUUGUCUGCAUACCUUCUAGUAACUAUGAGCACAUUUUAAAAUUUGGCAAACCAAGAGAUAUAAUUUCCAUAGAAGACACUCAAGUUCAUACAAAACCGUAUCGCUUAGAAGUCGAAUUGCGCAAUAAGAAAUCGAAGAGUAUUCCGAUACAUUUGACACAGCAGUACUACAACGAGGGAUUCGAUCCCACUUUGGGAAACAUCAAAGAAGAUGAGGAUUAUUUUACAAUGGAAAGCGUAAGUAUUUUAUCUGUUUGUUACGCUGUCUCAACGAUGUACUAAUGAUAUUUUGUCUUUUGUUUUGUAAAGAAAAAUGGAUAAUUUAUUUUGUAUUUUGGUCAUCCACUGUUUAUAGUAUAAAUAAUAGUAUAUAAUUUUUUUUUUAUAAUGGAAAUCAAGUGGACAUCUU